AUGGUUCUUCAACCUCAUCGCCCGGAUCAAAUCUCCAUCGUCGGAGACGUCGACAGCAACUUCUCCAAGAUCCUCACCCCGCAGGCAUGCCAGUUCCUCGCCGUCCUCCACCGCACCUUUGAGUCGACGCGCCAGGAACUGCUGUACAAGCGUACCCUCCGUCAGAAGCGAUGGGAUUCCGGGGAGAAGCCCGACUUCCUCCCCGAGACCAAGGCUGUCCGCGAUGAUCCUCACUGGCGCGGUGCCGCCCCCGCUCCCGGCCUCGUCGACCGCAGAGUCGAGAUUACCGGUCCUACCGACCGUAAGAUGGUCAUCAACGCUCUCAACUCCAAUGUCAAGUGCUACAUGGCCGAUUUCGAAGGUACGUCCGUCAAUCCCGUAUGCUCCCGAAUCAUGAUCGGAACACAGCUAACCUACGGCCGCGCUCCUGCAGACUCGUCGACGCCCACCUGGAGCAACAUGAUCAACGGCCAGCUCAACCUGUACGAUGCCAUCCGCCGCAACGUCGACUUCACCACCGGAGGCAAGGAAUACAAGCUCCGGACCGACCAGGCCCUCCCCACACUCAUCUGCCGCACCCGCGGCUGGCACCUGUACGAGGAGCACUUCCUCGUCGACGGCCAGCCCAUCUCGGGCUCGCUCUUCGACUUUGGCCUGUACCUGUUCCACAACGCCAAGGAGCUCAUCGCCAGCGGAUCGGGUCCUUACUUCUACCUGCCCAAGAUGGAGUCUCAUCUCGAGGCCAGGCUGUGGAACGACGUCUUCAACGUGGGUCAGGACUACGUCGGUAUCCCUAGGGGAACCAUUCGUGGUACUGUCUUGAUCGAGACCAUCACCGCCGCCUUUGAGAUGGAUGAGAUCAUCUACGAGCUUCGCGAUCAUAUCGGCGGUCUCAACUGCGGUCGCUGGGAUUACAUCUUCACCUUUGUCAAGAUCUUCCGCAACCGUCCGGACAUGAUCCUCCCUGACCGGGCGGACGUGACGAUGACGGUCCCCUUCAUGGAGGCCUACGUCAAGCUCCUGAUCAGCACCUGCCACCGUCGUGGCGUCCACGCCAUGGGCGGCAUGGCGGCCCUGAUACCUAUCAAGAACGACGAGGAGGCCAACGCCAAGGCCAUGGGCAACGUCAGGUCGGACAAGCUGCGCGAGGCCCUGGCCGGCCACGACGGCACCUGGGUCGCCCACCCGGCCCUGGCCGGCAUCGCCCUCGACGUCUUCGACACGUACAUGGCCACGCCUAACCAGAUACACUACCGCACCGACCACUUCCGCCAGAUCACCCAGGACGACCUGCUCAACCCCCGCGUCGCCGGCUCCAUCACCCUUGAGGGCGUCAAGAAGAACAUCGACAUCAGCCUCAUCUACUCCGAGGCCUGGCUGCGCGGCAUCGGCUGCAGCCCCAUCAACUUCCUCAUGGAGGACGCCGCCACCGCAGAGGUCUCGCGCAGCCAGCUGUGGCAGUGGGUCCGUCACGGCGUCAGCACCGUCGAGGGCGUCCGCCUCACCAAGGAUCUCGUCCUCGGCCUCCUCGACGACCAGACAAAGGCUCUUGCUUCCAAGGCUGGCGCUGGCAACAAGUUUGACAAGACUGCCCAGUAUCUCGCUCCUCAGAUUGUCGGAGAGGACUACACCAACUUUCUUACAGAGUAUGUUUUCUCUCUCCACUCUCUCCCUCUCACCUUCCCUGCUAACGCACCAUCAUAA